CAUGGCGGACGAACCAUUUUCUAUGCCAAAUGAAGAAAUUGCUCUAUUUGCAAGUAAUAAUGACGAUGUUUUCGUGUGGAAUGCAGAAGAUGUUUACACUCUUAGAACAAAGUACCGUAUUAUUGGUUCAUUAGUUGGUUCCUUGCCUAGAAGACCUAAACAAAACGUGUUCCUGUCGCUUCCCUUGUUGUUGUCGAAGGAGGAGACGACUUUACUCUUACAGAAAAAGUUCGCCAGAUUCGUAAAGAAUGAAACUAAGCCCUUAUUACCCUCACAGAACGAGGUAGAAGAGUUUAAAAUGGCUAGAGAGGAAAGCAUUAGUGGGCAAGUUAAACUCUUGCUGGGGGAAAACGAAGAAAGAGAAAGGGAGUUCGCAGACAACAUCGAAGCUGGCAGAAGAAAGAAAAAGAAAAGACAACGAAAAGGACAACGAGGAAAAGAGGACGAUAAUCCUAAACCAUCUAAAAUUACCAAAAGAGAGGAUGAGUAUCAAAAUUUGGAUGAUGAUAUCUCUCUUUUAACUGAGAAAAUGAGAAGUGAAAGGAAUAAUGAAAAAAUGGGAAAAUGUUUUGUUACAGAUAUAAAUGAAACAGGAAAUAUGAAAAAAGUUAUUCCAGGCACUUCAAUAAAAAACGAUUUGACCAAUGAUGAUGAUUAUGAUGAUGUGGAAAUGCCCAUGAAGGAAAAAGAGAGUGAUUCAAGUCUGUCAGAAAAACCUGGGACUUUUGAGGUAGAUACUUCGCAAAUAGAACAAGCAUGCAUGAUUCACAUUCCAACAAGAAUGCCAAAAAACAAAACCAAGGAUUUGGUUUCUCAAGAAUGGAACUACCCAGGAACAGAAAUAGAAAAAUUGAAAUACCAAGUAUUCCUGGAUUUAUGGGAAAAAGGAUUCUAUAUUACACCAGGGUCAAAAUUUGGGGGAGAAUUCUUGGCCUAUCCAGGAGAUCCCAUCAAGUUUCAUUCCUUUUAUGUUGUGCUAGUGGUUCCGUGGACUAAGAAAAUAGGAAUGUUGGAAUUGAUAUCUAUUGGACGAUUGGCAGCUACUGUUAAAAAGACUGCAGUUCUUGGUACUGUUAGUGAGAAGGGUGAAGUUGUGUAUUCAUCAAUCAAAUGGAGUGGUAUUAGCUAGUCCAUGUAUAACUCUGAUAAUGGAUAUGGUUUUUAUCACCAUUGUUCUCCAAUAUCAUUACCAUCGUAAUUGUGGAUCAAUAUAAUUAUCAACAUCAUCAGGCAUCAGCAUCAUUAUUAUGUUCAUCAUCCUCAUUGGGCAUCAUCAUUAUCAUUGUUUAUCAUCAUCAUUGGUCAUCAUCAUCAUUUUUUUAUUAUUUAAACAUAUUGACUCUGUGUUCUCUCCAAGAGCUAAGCUCAUCUUGGGAGAUUGCAAAAUCAUCAUCAUUGGGCAUCAUCAUUGAUCAUCAUAAUCAUCAUUGGUCAUCAUCACCAUUGGGCAUCAACAUCAUUAGGCAUGAUUCCCAAUGUUGAUAGUGACCUAUGAUGAUGAUGAUGCCCAAAAAUAUUGAUGAAGCCAAAUUGGGUAAUCAUCAUCAUCAUUGGGCAUCAUCAUUAUUAU